AUGGACCUUGCCCAAGAGGUUGGCGAUAUAGGCAACUUGGAGGAUGAAAAGUACGAGGAUUUGCACGCCUUAUUUGAGAGGCAUCAGAUCACGUCGCAGGAGCUUUUGCUGUGGCCCGUGAAGGACAUUUCCAAGAAAGUUGGGGUGCCCAUUUCCGAGAUCGAGUCGUUUGUUUGCGAUCUCCGCGCACUGUUGGCGAAACAAGCGCCGAUAAAGCGAAACUUGGCCGAAAUGGACACACAGCGACGGUUUUUCACCUCGGGCGAUGAAAAACUCGACAAGGCGCUGAAUGGAGGCGUUCCGUGCGGGUGUUUGGUGGAGAUCAGUGGGGGGUCCGCAACGGGGAAGUCGAAUUUCCUGAUGACUUUGAGCAUGACGAGCCAGCUGCCGUUGGAGUUUGGUGGCUUGGGACCGUCGAUUUUUGAAGAACACCGCGAACCGGUCCAAACCAUGUACAUAUCCACAGAGAGUGCUCUGAGCACGAAAAGACUCAGCCAGAUCUCUAAGCAUUACAAGGACCUGCUCGAGGCGAACGGGAUCAAACAGACGCCGAUCCACCCGCAGCUUGCCAACGUUCUCACGCCGUCGAUGGCAAUUUCAGACCUGGAACGCCAGGACCGGUGUAUUUAUUAUCAGCUGCCUGUUAUGCUGGAACGGAACAAAAACAUCAAGGUGGUGAUCAUCGACUCAGUGACACACCACAUCCGUGCCGAGGUGCCUAUUAGCAAGCGUGUUCAGGCGGUUACAAAGCUGGGGCGGUUUUUGCGCAAGCUGUGCUGCGACUACGGUGUCACGGUGGUGGUUGCCAACCAGAUGACAGACAAGCCGCUCAAAGACAUCAUCAGCGACGAAGUGUUUCUCAAGAUGAACGCAGACUACCAGCUGGGCUGGUGUUAUGGGUGGGACGAGGUCGGCAUCGUGUACAGACAGCUGUGCUCGCGAAAUAAGCAGGACUUUGACACCUACGACGAGAUCGACUACGCCAACUACUCGCAAACCUCGGACGGACCUGAGGCGUCGCAGCGCGGGUCAACACCGAUCUGGGACCAGCUCAAGUCCGAGCGCAAACAGAUGUUUGAGUCCAAGUACAAAAAUAAGGUGUCCAAGAUCAAAACGAUCCCGGCACUGGGACUCGACUGGCUCAACUUCCUGGACGCAAGAAUAUGUCUUUUCAAGGACUAUAAACCCAUACUUAAUGAACAGAUGAUCGAGGAGUUUAGCGAGGAUCUGGGGAUCGACUCGUCGUUUCUCCGGUCGCAGGACGACGAGGAAAACGCCGAGUCGAGCUCCGAGUCCAAACGCAAAACCGUUGCCGAGGUGCUCAUGUCGAACGACUACCUCGCGAACCAUAAUUUCGAGACCCAACGCAAACUUCACGUGGUGUUCAGUCCGCUGGUGCCAACCUCCCGCCAACGGGAGUGUGUCUACGAGAUCUGGAACGGAGGCAUCCGGUGUCCGUGA